AUGCCUUCUGUUGCAGAUAUCGACCAGCGAAGGCCAGGCGUGUUCAGAAACCUGAGAACUAAGGAGCCACUCAAGCCGGAGAAGAUAUCCUUGUGUGCUGAGAAGUUGCCGGUUGAGGUGUGGGAACGGGUAUUCGAUGCACUGGCGGAGAACGGACAGCUGCUAGCGCUGCUGGAUUGUGCACUGACCUGCAGGCUAUGGGCUCCAAGGUGUCUGUGGCAUCUGGCGCGGCACGUCGUCGUUUGCAGCAGGAAACACGGACAACGGGUGGGGAAGGCGAUGGUCACAUCCCAUAGGAUCAGCCUGGCUACCGCCAUAACGUUCAGGAAGCCUGUUGGGUUCGUGCUUGGGCGACCCAUCACGUCCGUAGAGACCCUUGGAAUAGGAGAUUACUCCCCUUCUGUCGGAGACUGGAAGGCGAAGGUAUUUCAUGCGGACGUCUUCACCCACCUGCGGAUCACAUUCCCCAGUGUGACCCGUCUCACGCUAGACAACACUACGUUCCCGUCCGUGGUUGUGUUUGCGCGGCUUGUGUUUUCAUUUCCGCGCCUGACUCGCUUCGCCUGCCACUUUGUAGCAUUUGCCACGGGCGGGUAUUUGCGGGGGCGUGCGCUGCCCCCAAAAGGGUUCGCGAUGACUGACGUUGAGUUGUAUCAGUCUGAUGAUGUCGUCGACUUCCUUGUUGAACGUUCGGCUGAGCCCCUCACGUACGAAGAUGUGCGCGAAAGGGACAGGCAGGGCGCAAGCGCUUCCCUCCGCUCACUGGACGUGUGGAGCAUCUCCCACAGACUGGACUCUCUGGGCGGACUGGGCUGCUUCAAGUAUUUGGAAUCCUUGACCCUCGCUUUCGACGCAUUCGAACAGCGAUUAGACCCAGGUACGGUUUGGGAUGACCUGUACAAUGUCCUGGGUGGGCUCGCCUCGUCCAAGCUCCAGCAAUUCACAAUAUCCUUCAUAGCAGACUUCUCUGAUAUCCAUGGCUGUGGCAUAUCGGACACCCUCCAAACCCUUUCCACGGGUGUCAGUGACCGCAUUUUUGCCCGUAUCGAUGAUCUGCUCGCCGGCCCCAGAUAUCAUCACCUGCAAACCAUUUGCUUCAGGCUAUGGUUCGACCAUUCGAUGGACUUGUGUAUCCCCGGUUCACCCUCCAAGCAACUAUGGUUCCGGUUCCUCUCCUGCCAUUUUCCCCGGCUCAGUACGCACGAAUCAUUUCGGUGA